CUUUGAUAUCUUGUUAAGGCUUUCAGGUGGGUCGAAAUGUAUCUGGUGCUCCUUCAAAUCCCACUUUCAAUAAUAGGAAAUAUAAUUUUCCUGCUGUACCGUCGUGUGGCAUUUCGGCUGCUCGGAAAAAUAAAGACACACGUGGAAAUGUGGAAAGUGCAGGCUCUAGUGGUGCAGAUCCUGCUGCUCAGCUGCCUGCUGAAGAUCUACUUCGAGGGGAGUCGUCUUCUGCCCCACCUGAAGCCCCAAAAGGUGCUUCCGGAAUCGGGAAUCGGUCCGCCGGCGAAUCGUCUGGUGGUUUUCCUCACCGAUGGCUUGCGCGCCGAGACGUUCUUCGCGGAUAACUGCAGCUCCGUGCCGGACCUGCGGGAGGUAUUCGUGAAGCAAGGACUCGUGGGGAUAUCCCGCGGCAGUGUGCCUACCCUCGUGCGCUCCGGCCAGAUUGGCAUCUUUGGUGGCUUCUACGAGACUCCACCGCUGUUCCGCACUGGCUUCCAAUGGAAUCCGUCGACAUUCGACACUGUCUUUAACCGCAGCAAGACCUCUUUAUGCUGGAUAGAAAGUCAGACGAAUGUCUACACAAAGUCCUUGACGAGCGGAAUGUUUCAGCACCACUCAUCGGAUCCCAAGCCCAAAGAUCCUUGGGUCCUCCUUCAGCUCCGCUCGUACCUGGGCAUCAAUGAAACAGUCGACAAAUUGCGGUCUAAGACGUCUCUGAUAUUCUUCGUAUAUCUGGGGAAUAUUGCUACCGAAGGUCCCUUGAGCAAGCGCUAUCUGGAGAGGCUGCAUUCUGCACAGCGCGGCAUCCGCGAGACCUAUGACCUGAUCGAGAGCACCUUCAACGACAGCCGCACUGCAUAUCUGAUGACAUCGAGCCAUGGCAUAAGUCAUUUGGGCUCCAAUGUCGCAGGAUCCCGGGAUGAAACCGAUACGCCUUUCUUCCUCUGGGGUUCCGGAGUGCGCCAAACGGCCCAUAAUGUGGCCCCCACCUUUGCUGCAAACAACGCAGGGCUGCAGCGGCCCCUCAUCGACCUGCAGCAGAUCCAACUGGCGCCCAUCAUCUCUGCGUUGAUCGGUGAGCCGCCGCCAGUGAACAAUUUGGGCAGAUUGCCAUUGGGCUUCCUGGACGUGUCCAUGGAGCAGGAGACGCAGGCAGCUCACUUGAAUGCGCUUCAACUUCUGGCCCAGGCGCAGCUCUUGAUGCGGCACCACGAGCGCGGUUUCUUUGACAAGUUCCUGCCGCAAUUCAAACACCUGAACCAAAGCCAAGUCGAGAGCUAUAUCCUUGAAAUGGAUCGAGAGAUGCGGAUGGGCAGAACGCAGGAGGCACUGCAGACGAUUGAGAAGGUGGCAGCGCUGGCGCAGGAGUGCCUGCGGUACUAUCAUAGCUACUAUCGCAUUCCACUGCUGAUUGCCACGAUGGCUGGACUCUUGGGAUGGAUAUACUGUCUGUUGGUCCAAGCAUCGCAACAGGCCAGAAACUCCAGUGAGCCGCCGGAGAGCGUUGAAUUGAUCUCGUGGACGAAUGUGAUGAUGGGCGCACUGGGAGUGGUUGUUAGCGUGAUAAUCCUCCUGCUCAAGGUGCCCUUCCUGACUGGCUUCUGCCUUUUGCUGCCCAUCUACAUCUGGUGCAUGGCCCUGGCCGGACGACCACUGCAGGGCAAACCCAUCCGCUACCGUCUGCUGCACCUCAAAUUGAUCCUCGUCUCCAUUGUGUGUUUCAUCGUUCCCAUUUUCCGGAGGGGCUUGCUCUGCCUGCUCUAUGUGGGACUCGUGUGUUUCUACAAUCGUCGGCACUUCAAGAAGAUGUCUCCGAGAUUCUUGGCAUGGCUGGGAUUGGUCUGCUGCCUCAGCGUCCUGCUCUUCUGCCUGCAGUGCCCGUCGACCCUCUCGCUGACAAUUGAAUACGGAAUGUAUCUCCAGGGGGCGAGCAUGCUUCUGGCGAUUCUCCGUCCCCUGAUCCUCGGCGAGAAGUAUUGCGCAUCUGUGUGGAUUAUCAACGCGGGCACAUUGUUGAUCGGUGGCUAUGGAAUGUAUCUAAAGGAGACUGGAGCGACCGUGCCGCUGCUUUUGCACACCGUUUGCUGGGCGUACCUCCUCUAUGCCUUUGGAUCGGUGCCGUAUGGCAAGAGGUUGCCUCCGAAACGCCGCCUGGAGCUCAUCUGCUUCAACCUGAUGACCCUACACACGCUUCUCAGCGACUCGUUCGCCUCGCUCUUCGCCCAGGCCCUGAUCUUCGAGUACAAGAUGGGGAUUGACGUAUACCAAGAGACGAAGCAGCCCCGCAAUGCACUGGAACAGAGAGCCGAUGAGAAUGAGGAUCAGAACGAGCCGAAGAUUGUGUGUCCAGAGGAGAACUUGGCUCGAGCCAGCUACUUUUCCGUCUCCAUUCUCCUGUACUUUCUCCUGGCGCUGCUCGGCACCGGCCACUGGAUCUGCAGCUUCACCUUCGCCCCGUCCACUGCGCGACUCUUCGCGAAGGAUUGCUGCUAUGGCCUCACGGCUUUCUUUGUCCUAUUGAAGAUCUUCAUACCGUCCAUCAUCAUCUUGUCGAGCAUGUACGCCCGCAGCGAAUACGCGCGCAAGAACAUCCGUUUAAUCUUCAUCUCUCUGAUCCUCACCUGCAAUGGCAGCUUGUGCUUAUUCCUGUUUGUCGACCAUGGCCUGUUCUGGCCAGCGGCUCAUCCAUCUGUAGUGCAUGUCGUCCUGAUCAACACUGCCGUCGUUUUCCUUGUGGUGUGCUCCUGUGUGACGAAUUUUUUCUUCCGAGGAUCUCUCCAGGCGAGACCUACCUCGUCCUCAACGAAGAUCAACGAAGAAGUCCCGUCGUCUCAGAGCGAUGUCCAAACCAAUGUUUAAUCUUCAAACAUAAUCACUU